AUGGAGUAUUAUAAAAAAAACAAAAUACUAUUCAGCUGUGUUUUUACUUUUUAGCUCUUCUCUUCAACCCAGAACUAUUACUCACUAGCAGCACUAAUGGCGGAGAAAGGUGGAAAAGGGUUUUCUCUUGGCAAAGGAGCAGUGCCCUUGAAAGGAAAGGAUGAUGACUCCACAAAAUUAAAGAAGGGAAGGAAAGUGCAGUUUGAAGAUGAAGAGUCCCCUGCAAACUUUUCGUCAAAAUCUGGAGGAAAGGGUGAACCUUUGAAAGGAGGGAAGGGCUCUGCUCGAAAAGAACCGGCUAAGUAUGAACUUAAUGUUCAGUCAGAGCUUCCGAAGAACUCCAAAUGUGUGAUGGAUUGUGAGGCAGCUGACAUCUUACAAGGAAUCCAGGAGCAAAUGAUUUUUCUCUCUCGUGAUCCAACUGUCAAACUUCCUGUUUCAUUUGACAAGGGAUUACUAUAUGCCAAAGCUGGAGGACGAUAUUCUAAUCCCAAGGCUGUCAGAAAGGCUCUCGGGACUCUCAAGAAGUACGGAGUUUCUGAUGGAGAGAUAUGUGUCAUUGCCAAUACUUGCCCUGAGAAUGCUGAAGAGGCUUUUGCCUUGGUCCCUUCCCUGAAGGCCAAGAAAAGCAAAAUCAAUGAACAACUUGAAGAGGCUAUAUCUCAGCUGGUUACAUUGAAGGUGCCAACAGAAAACCAUAGAGAGUAGAAAGGGGAGAUGCCAAGUCUUUGCAGCAUGUCGAAACUGCAUGAUAUGCAUCAACUGCACUUACCUGGCCUUUGGUAGUUGGUUUUGUAUAGGUCUUAAUUUUGAAAGAAAAUUUUCUAGUGUAGUCGGUUAAUUGGUGUCAAACUGUAACAUGUAAUUCCUAACUGUAUGAACUCAUCUACUUUUUAGUUUCGAUGCUUUUCCCUAACUGCUGAUCUUUAGUCAAUAUCUAUCUGUGUGCCAAUUACUUUA